AUGUCGCUGCCCGAUUUUUCCAACGCCGACACGCUCUCGAAGUUUGAGUCGUUCCUCUCCUCCAAGUCGUACAUUGAUGGUCAUGAGGCUACCCAGGCGGAUGUAGCCGUCUAUGAGGCCAUCAAGUCGCCUGUCGACAGCGCCAAGUACCCUAACAUCUCGCGCUGGCAGGAGCAUAUCAAGUCUUUCGAGGCUGAGCACGCCAGCCUGAAGGGUGACAAGAGCAAGGCUGCUGAGCUCCUGAACUUCAGCGCUGCCCAGGGUGGUGAUGACGAGGACAUUGACCUCUUUGGCGAUGAGGAUGAGGUUGACCCUGAAGCUGAGCGCAUUAAGGCUGAGCGCGUUAAGGAGUACGAGGCUCGCAAGGCCGCUAAGGGCCCACGUCCUCCUGCUAAGAGUGUUGUCACUUUCGACGUGAAGCCUUGGGAUGAUGAAACUGACAUGGUCGCCCUCGAGAAGGAGGUCCGCGCUAUUGAAAUGGACGGUCUUGUCUGGGGUGCCAGCAAGCUUGUGCCCAUCGGUUACGGUGUGAACAAGCUUCAGAUCACCCUUGUCGUUGAGGACGACAAGGUCUCGAUGGACGACCUUCAGGAGCGUGUUCAGGAGAUUGAGGACUACGUCCAGUCGUCGGACAUCGCUGCUAUGCAGAAGCUCUAA